CGAAUGAACUCACGUGUACAACCCAGAAGAUUUCACGCUCUUGCGAUUUCACACAAAUUUUCGAUUUGUCAUCAGUAGAUGCACUUUAUGUCUGAGAAAGCAGCCAAGCUUAGUUCGUGGCACUUUUAAAAGGUCUUUGAUCUGAAAAAAAUUCACAGAAACGUUUCAAUCAGUAUAUUAAGUUUUUUAAAUCGCGGGAAAUUGUCUUCAUAGUUGAAAUCGUCGAAAUCAACAUGGCAGACGAUUGGGAAGAUGGCAGCUCCACAACAACUUCAUUUGGUGGUGGAUUUGGGGCAAGCAAAGGACGAGGCUUUGGUACCUGGAGUAGUAAUGACAAUUCGGUCGAUGAAGCUCCCAGACGAAAGGGCUUCGGAAGAGGAGGUUUUGGCUCUGCAAAUACAGACAGUACAUUGACAAAUGGCUUCGAAAGCGGCAAUCAGGGUGCUUUUGGUGGAGGUAGAGGCUUUGGCCGUGGUGGCGGUGGCAGUGACAGUGAGAAGCCAGCAGCACGUGGUUUUGGCAGUAGUGGAGGGGGAUUUGGUAACAGAGCCGGUGGAUUUGGCCGCAGUGGUGGUGGCUUUAAUGAUGGAACUUAUGAUGAACCUCGAGAAAACGGAGGAGGCUUUGGUUCAAAGAAGCGUGGUGGCUUUGGUGGCAGUGGUUUUGGAGGAGGAGGACGAGGAGGAGGAGGGGGUGGAUUUUCAGGAGGUGAUGAUGGAGAAGAUGGUGGUGGCAGAGGAGGUGGAUUUGGUAGCAGUAGUGGUAACAGGAAGGGAGGUGGUGGAUGGCACACUGGCGGGGAAGAAGGGCACAGCAGGAAAAGUGGAUCUGAUCGGGCAUGUCAUAGUUGCGGAGACGAGGGACAUUUUGCCAGGGAGUGCCCAAGCAGGGAAAGUGGUGGUGGAGGUGGAAGAGGGUGUCAUAGUUGUGGUGAAGAAGGGCAUUUUGUUCGAGAGUGUCCAAAUAAAGAGCAAGAGGAAACUUUUCUCCUACCUGCUAUGUCUGGUAUACUGAACAGUGGAUUGGCCAGCAGUGAGCUGUCAGGCAUUCAAACUCCACAAGGUCUUUGUAUUUCUCCCACAAGAGAACUGGCUAGUCAAAUUUUUAAUGAGGCUCGAAAGUUUUCAUUGGGAACUAUGCUAAAGGCAGUGUGUAUUUAUGGAGGGGUCAGUGUUUCACAUCAUUUGCGACAAGUUCAACGUGGUUGUAACUUUCUAGUCGCUACGCCCGGGCGACUCAAGCAUUUUGUCGAAGGAGGACAGGUUUCCCUUGAGAAGGUUCAGUAUCUGAUUUUGGAUGAAGCAGACAGAAUGCUUGACAUGGGAUUUGAGGCAGACAUUCGGAAAAUUGUGGAGACACUGGGAAUGCCUGAAAAGACAGAGAGACAGACUCUCAUGUUCAGUGCAACUUUCCCUGAGGAAAUUCAACGCCUGGCUGGUGACUUCCUCAAUGAUUACUUGUUCUUGACAGUAGGAAGGGUUGGUGGUACAACAUCAGACAUUCAGCAGACAAUCUUGGAUGUGCCAGAAAAUCAGAAACGAGAAAAGUUGACUGAAUUACUCAGCUGCUCAGGUACUGAUAGGACCCUUGUGUUUGUGGAAUCAAAGCGUGGAGCAGACUUUCUUGCAAGCUUGUUGUCGCAAGAAGGAUUUCCUACUACAAGUAUCCAUGGUGAUCGCCUUCAGCAGGAAAGAGAGGAAGCUUUAAGGGACUUCAGGCUAGGCCGCUGUCCAGUUCUUAUUGCCACAAAUGUUGCUGCCCGUGGCUUGGACAUAGAUGAUGUCAGGCAUGUUGUCAACUAUGACUUGCCAAAUGAGAUUGAGGAGUUUGUGCAUAGAAUUGGUAGAACAGGACGUAUUGGGCAUGAAGGCAAGGCUACAACUUUCUUCCAGAAGGGAAAAGACGAUAAGAUUGCCAGGGCACUUGUGAAAAUUCUGUCUGACGCUUCACAAGAGGUGCCAGAAUGGUUAGAGGAGAUUGCAGAGAGCGCAGUAGGCACGAGUUAUGGCCCAGCAGGAGGUCGUUUUGCAUCCAGAGACACCAGGAAACAGUUUGGCAACAGUGAUGGCUGGGGAGGAGAGUGGAAUAGUGAGGAAGCUAAUACUCAAACCAGCCAGAUUAAUGGCACUGCUGCCUGGUCUUCAGCUGGUGGUACGGAGGAAGAAGAGUGGUGAUUUUGCAGCUUUGGAUUAUUUGCUAUUGUUCUGUUUCAUGCCAUCAAGUGGCAUGAAUACAGUUUUUACAUUGGUUACUUGGUUUCAGUUUAGCAUUAUUGAGAGUUUAUUGGAUUGGAUACAUGUACUUUACCUUAACGUUGUUGAGCUGAACUAUAAUGGAUUGGAGUUACAUACUAUUGACAACAGCUGGUGUCAUGCCUUGGCUGAAAGAUGAGGGGAAUAAAGACUACUGCAAUUAUUUCUUACAUCACAGUGAACCAGCAUGUGUGAUGGAACAAGGGUAAUUGAAAAAUAUAAUCACUGGAUUCAUCAGAGCUGGACAUCUUCUGUUAAGUUCCAAACUGCUCAUCUCUUUUGUUGUGCAGUUGUUUUGGAACAUUGAUAGUUAACAGAGUUGUCACUUUAUGAAAAGUGAACCCACUUCACCAGAAGACUACAUGUAGCUUUUACAUGCUGCAGUCUGUGAUGCACCUGUCUGGACUGAUUACUACCUACACUUUACAUAGGAGAAUACUGAAAACAAAACUGAGAUUUCACACAGGACAAAACAUGCCACAGCUGCAAUGCAGGGUAUUAGAUCAAGGAAGUUAAUGGCAGGGAAAACUGUCAUUAACUAGAAAUGAUUAUGAGUUAGUCAUUCGGAUCAAAACCAGCCUAGACUUGCCAUCAAGGCUUUACAAGAGACUUGGCGGCAGUGUAGCCUGUUAGUGAUUUUUUUUUUGCGUGCAGUCAUGGGGCAUUGUUUUUGCACUGUGCUCAUCUUGAUAUUCAUCAAUUGCUAUGAUGCAGUAGCAUUGAAUGUACAAUGACCAACUAUUUUCUUGGAGCCUGCUUCUAAUUAAAAUUGCAGCCAAGGAGCAAUAAUUUUUUAAACUACUUGAAAGCUGUGUCUCCAUAUGAACCUAAGAAUGGAUCUUCAUGGGGUGGAGACACUGUACCAUCUACUUCCAUGGACAGAGAGAAAACAAGAACUAUGGCCCUGUACUGCAUCAACCCUUGGAAUCACCAGGUAUUUUACUUGCCAAGUGAGGAGAAAUUGUUAAAUCCUAUGAAAUCCAAGUUAUUGUAGUGUGGUACCAUAAAGGAGUCUUUCAAACAAAUGGGCUUCAUUCUCCUUGGAAUUGAUCCAGAUAAAAACCAUUUUAAUGCUGGAGAGUAUUUGGGUUGUUGCAUUUUCCUGCCUUUGGUUUUGGGUGAAAUUAUUUGCUAUUUGUGCUCAACUUUACAAAGAGGUAGGUCUUGUAUUACUAACUGAAAGUCCUCUCACAAGGGGCUGGUGACAGAAAAGUGAAACUUGUUGGAAAAAAAUGCUGUGAUUGCCCACAACAAAAUAGCAGCUUUUGUGGUGUGCUGUAAACAAUUGACAAUUAACAUUGACUUGAACCCAAGAAGCUUCAAGAUAGAUUGGAGAAAUGCAAUGGCAAGCUCUCAAAGCUCAUGGAAUGUGAUGAUUUGUCAAUGGACAUGACUAAAACUUUAUUGAUUGCAUUGUUCAGCAUCUUGUUCUUGAAGCCCUACAUCUGAUCACGACAUGUUAGCACUAUUUGAUUGGUUGCAGGGCUUCAACCCAAACUUUUUUUAAGUAAGUGGUACAUGUUUACAUUAAGCUUUUAAGAAACUGUAGAUUUGUUAUAGUUGAGUCAUAAAUAACAUUAUUUUGAGCCUAAAGGCACAUAAUUUUGAAGCAAACCAUGGAAUCAUUAAAGAUGUUUUAAAACUCUA